AUGGCGCGCCACGCGUCGCGCACCUUCUCGUCCACGGAGACCGCCGCCUCGGAGCGCCUCAUCAUCUUUGACACGACGCUCCGCGACGGCGAGCAGUCGCCCGGCGCGACGCUCAACUUCCAAGAAAAGAUGCACAUCGCCAAGGGCCUCCACGCCAUGGGCGUCGACGUCUGCGAGGCCGGCUUCCCGAUUGCGUCGCCCGGCGACUUUGACGCGGUCUCGGCGAUCGCCCAAGAAAUUGGCCCGCUCACGCGCGCGGCCAACGGCGACCUCAUGACCAUCUGUGGCCUCGCGCGCUCGACCGAGAAGGACAUUCAGCGCUGCUACGACGCCGUGCGCCAUGCGCCCAAGCACCGCAUCCAUCUCUUCCUUGCGACGUCCGACAUCCACCUCAAGUACAAGCUCAAGAUCUCCCGCGACGAGUGCAUUCGGCGUGCGGUCGAGGCCGUCUCGUUUGCGGCGUCGUUGACGUCGGACGUCGAGUUUUCGCCCGAAGACGCCGGCCGGUCGGACCCAGACUUUCUCUGCGACGUGCUCGCCGAGGUCAUUGCGGCCGGCGCGACGACGCUCAACAUUCCAGACACGGUCGGGUAUACGAUCCCGGAAGAGUACGGCAACCUCUUUUCGUACUUGAUCAAGAACACGCGCGGCAGUGAAAAGGCCAUCUUCUCGACGCACUGCCACAACGAUCUCGGUCUCGCAACGGCCAAUGCGCUUGCCGGUGUCGUCGGCGGCGCGCGCCAGGCCGAGGUGACCAUGAACGGCAUUGGCGAGCGCGCCGGCAACACGUCGCUUGAGGAACUCGUGAUGACGCUCAAGACGCGCCCGCACCUCUUUCCGGUCCACACGCGCAUCGACUCGACGCAUAUCAUGCGCUGCAGCCGCAUGGUGAGCCACUACACGGGUAUCGCGAUCCAGCCCAACAAGGCGAUCGUCGGUGCCAACGCGUUUGCGCACGAGUCGGGCAUCCACCAAGACGGUGUGCUCAAGCACCAAGCGACGUACGAGAUCAUGCUGCCCGAGUCGGUGGGCUUGACCGAGAACCGCAUGGUCCUCGGCAAGCACAGCGGUCGCCACGCUUACAGCAAGCGCCUCGAGGAACUCGGCUACACCGACUUGACCCAAGCGCAACUCGAUAUGUUUGUCGAAAAGUUCAAGGUCCUCGCCGACGACAAGAAGACCGUGACCGACGCCGACAUGGAAGCCAUCGUCUCGGACGACCUCUUCAAGCCCGAGACGUUCUGGACGCUCCAGGCAGUCCACGUGACGGCCGGCAACCGUGUCAAGCCGACGGCGACCAUCACGCUCAACUACAAGGACGGCACCGAGGUGAGCGAGGCGGCGAUGGGGUCCGGCCCGAUCGACGCGAUUUACUCUGCGAUUUCGCGCGCGACCGGCUGCGAGAACCUCUCGCUGCACGAGUACACCGUCGAGAGCAUCACGGACGGCAUCAAGGCGCUCGGCGACGUGACGAUCCGCAUCUCGGAGAACGAGAGCAACAAACCGAAGUGA